AAUUCUCUCUUCUCUCACUCGACCAAUCUCUCCUUCUCUCGAGUCCAUUCAGUUAAGCUUCUCUAAAGGCUAAUCAGUCAAAGUAUCCCCAAUCAGUCAAAGUAUCAGCAAUGGCAGUUCCAUCAAGAAUUAUAGCUUUGUCUAUGUCCUUGGUUCUUGUUAAUCUGAUCAUGUUAAGCAGCUCCUCAGAAGCUAAAGAUUUCAUGGUUGGAGGCAAAUCAAAUGGAUGGGAAAUCCCAUCAUCACUUAAAUCCCAACCACUGAAUCAAUGGGCUCAAUCUUCUCGUUUCCAGCUUGGGGAUUCUCUGGUGUGGAAGUAUGAAACAGGGAAAGACUCAGUGUUGCAAGUGACAAGAGAGAAUUACUUGAACUGUGUUUUGACAAAACCAAUUGCUGAAUACAAAGACGGCAACAACACAAGAGUUGAGCUCAGCAAAUCUGGUCCUUACUAUUUUACCAGUGGAGCUAAAGGUCAUUGUGAGAAAGGACAGAAAUUGAUUGUUGUUGUCAUGGCACCUAGAAGUGCUGCACCUGCACCUUCACCAGUUGAUGCACCAGCUGUAUCUCCCACUAGUGGUGCUGCUAGCUCAGGAUUUGGAGGAGGAGCCUUAUUAUUCAUCAUGGGUUUAGGAAUGGCUUUGAUGGUUUAAAAAUGGGAUCUUUCUACAUUGAUGAUGAUGAUAUUUUACAAAAUUAGUAGUAUAUGAUAGUAGAAAUUCAAAAUUACAACCAAGGGAAAUCUGGAUUUUCCUCUUUAUUUUUUAUUUAUUUUUCCUCUUCCUAAAAUUAUGCAAAAAUCUAUGGAAUGCAUUCUAUUUAUUAGCUUAAUUAAAUGUCUCUCUUGUUCUCAUCUAUUUUCCCUGCUUGUUCUAAACAUUUCUGUCAAUUGAGAAACCUGUUCAGAAAUUGAUAUUUAACUACCGUUAUUUU